UGCGCGGCGCCCCCGUCUGCGCGUUGGCUGGUUAUUUUGCAAGCGGGAGGGGCCGUGCGCGCUCCUGCCUCCGGUUUCUGUCCCCCACCCCCCUUUCCCCAGUCCCAGGCGCUCCUUCGGAAAGAUGUCGGACACAGCCGUAGCUGACACCCGGCGUCUUAACUCGAAGCCUCAGGACCUGACCGAUGCUUAUGGGCCUCCAAGUAACUUCCUGGAGAUCGACAUCUUUAAUCCACAGACGGUGGGCGUGGGCCGCGCGCGCUUCACCACCUAUGAGACCAAUCUGCCUAUCUUCAAGCUGAAGGAGUCUUGUGUACGGCGGCGCUACAGUGACUUUGAGUGGCUGAAAAAUGAGCUGGAGCGUGAUAGUAAGAUUGUAGUACCACCACUGCCUGGGAAAGCCUUGAAGCGGCAGCUCCCUUUCCGAGGAGAUGAAGGGAUAUUUGAAGAGUCUUUCAUUGAAGAAAGGAGGCAAGGCCUUGAACAGUUUAUUAAUAAAAUUGCUGGGCACCCACUGGCUCAGAAUGAACGCUGCCUACACAUGUUCCUGCAGGAAGAAGCGAUUGAUAGGAACUACGUCCCCGGGAAGGUGCGCCAGUAGAAGCUCCUCUCGCCACUCGCCCUCUACUUUCCUGCUGAAAUGACAUUGGUUUUUACACUAAGCCCCACCCCCUCUCUCUCUGAUCUGAAGUUGGCUGCCCAUCCCCUGGCCCGAUAGACUGUCUGGCAUUGUGCUCCUUUAUACCUGACUACAUCAUAUGGGCACUCUGCUGGGAUCCUCUUCUCUGAGGAAAGGUGGGGACCCAAAGCAGAUGCCCUUUGCUUGGGGUUGGGGGUGGGUGGGUGGUGGGAUUGGACUGAAAGGCAAUUUCUUGGGCAUUUACACAUGCCAGAGGCUAAACUUGGUGGGAGGGUGGGCGGGGGGGUGGGGCUUGUGCUGGCGAAAUACUUGGAUACGUAUUGAUGCUGCAAGUCCAGGGGAUUUUUGUUACUCUUAGGUUUAACCAGGAACGCUGAGCAGGGAAAAUCCCUGCCUUUCCCACCUGCAUGAACUUUUUUCCUUUCUGGGAAGGUGGUAGAGGCCCAAAGGCUCUCCUUGUUUUCUCUAGGCCUGCUCCCUGUUUUCUCAAUAGUUUGUUCUGUUGCUUUCCCUUUUCCCCUUGUUGCUUUUCAUGGCAGUAAUCUUCCUAGAGUCCAAGCAGUCUGCUGUGUGAAGCAAGGUGUUUGGGUUUUCGAGACCCGCAACCAUGGCUGCUUCAGAGUCAGAAGAAAGCCAUAGGGCAGUAGGGGAGUUCCUAUUGCCUAGCCCCUCUCCCUUUAUGGUUCCUCACUCUGCCUAUUUUUGCUCACCAGUAGGUGAGUCGGUAUGGGCCAGCAGUUCUCCCUCUCCAAGCCCAUGCUACUUUCGAGUUAGCUUUGUAGGUUUGGUGGCUUGAGGGGUGGGGGUAACUCACCACUGCCAGAUAACUCCCAGAGGGUGGGAGUGGAUCAUGUUCCAGGUUCCUCCCAGUGGUAGGGAAGAGCAUCAUCUCUCUCUUCCUUCCAUUCUGCCUUCCUCCCAUUUCAUUUAGUGCUGCCGCAGGGCAGAAGCACACAGGCCACGUAGUCUCUGACUUCUAAGCACUUUGUAGCUGUUGAAUGGGGCUCAGGGACAGGAGUUGUUGCUGCCCUCCCCAGCUUGGUCACAGGGUUAUUGAACUUCCUGCACUUGUUUCCCAUGGAACUAUCAACAUUCUUCCCAGAAGCUGAACUAGGGAUAGCAGCUAGGUAUGGGUUUCCUGAAUCUCAGAGUCUGGAACAGCUUCUUGAUGCUGGCAACUAUCCUGGGUUUCUGUCUAGGAGAUCGUGGUUUGUUUGCUGGGGCCUGAUAGUCUCUCCCAACUGGUGGGAUAAGAGCAAGUUCACUCUGAUGCCAGAUGAAAGGUGGGGACUCUUUGCUUAGACACCCUACCAUGGAAGGAUUGGAAUUUUCUCUACAGGACUUUGGAAAAAAAAAAAAGAUUACUGAGUUUGACGGGACCCUAAUCAGAGAGAUUAGGAUUGGAUUUUGACAUGAGAUUUGAGGUCCAUCUAAAUGUUGAUGUUCCCUGAGAUAAAUCCUCCAGUUGCUGAGCCUGUGCCAGGGGCUGAGUUGCCCCUAGGGAGAGGCUCUGGUUGCUUUCCCACCUCGCCAAUGUUGAUGUUGUUGCUGCCUUUUUGAUUUGUACCCUCUGUUACUGGCUUUUUUUAAAAGGUUCCUUCUUUUCAUUGUGCACAAGUGCUGAGAGUCUGAGGCCCCAUUUCUGCUGUGUAUAUAUCCUGACUUGGGGCUUUUAUUCAGCAAACUGUUCAUUCUUCUGUCAAUGUCAUAUUCAACUCUGUUCAUAUUAAACCACUGUGAAGCAA